AUGGGCGCUGGCGUUUCUCUCCUUUGUUCGGCUCUGUUCGAAGCCAUCGCCGUAUCUUGGUUCUAUGGUCUCGAGAGAUUUUGCCGAGAUAUCAAGGAAAUGAUACACUUCAAGCCUCACAUAUAUUGGAGAAUAUGCUGGAAAAUCUGCAGCCCUCUUUUCAUUCUCUCGAUCGUGGUAUUUGGGAUAUUUUUUUCCGAGCCCCCGAAGUACCAAGAUUACGUCUAUCCGACAUGGGCUGUGAAUCUGGGCUGGGCUUUUGCUUCUUCGGCCAUCUGUAUGGUUCCCGUCAUGGCUGUCUUCAUUUUCAUCAAAGAACCCGGUCCCAUGUGGCAAAGACUGGCAGUGGCGAUAUCCCCGUCCUCGGAGCAUGCGAUAAUCAGAGAAACCGGGAUCGUGACGCGUUUCGACCGACGCCACUGGUUUCAGUUGUGACAACUCGAGGCCUUCCUAUCGUUAGACAACUCAUCAGGCUCAUCUAACAAUCAGUCAUCGCACGAAAACCUUUUCGAAAGGAAAUAGGAGGAGAACUGAGAGAAGUCCAGAGAAGGUAGUCGUUAUAGGAGAUGCAGAAAAAAGGAGAUGUCGAAGAGGAGCUCCCCCGCAAUCUUAUUUUUGCUUCUUCCUUAAAAUUAUAAAGGAUUCUUUCGUCCCUCCUCCGUUGGCAUAUGCGCUUCGUCCCUGGGAUCGGGGUUUGCCAAAACUUUUCCUCCCUCUCCAUUGACUGUUGCCAUCUGGAUUUUAUUUUUUCUACUCCUGUAUGUCAAGUUUGUAAAUCAUCAUCCCCGCAUCAUACUUCCAUGUUGUUUGUCAGAAGUACAAAGCAGCACGCCAGAUCCUUUACUCAGGAUUGGUGACUAC